CACAGCCUUACACGUUUUGACGUUGCACAACUCCACGCUCAUCCGAGACAAAUGUCUCAUCAAAAAAGAAACACAAGACAUCUCACUUCCCUCCCGUCCUAAACCCACGUUCCAAAUCCCACCUCAAUCUGCAACCCCAAAAUAAGCAUAACCCAAAACACAACAGUAGCCCAGCCCAUAUGCACACCCAAUACCAGAAAUCCCCUCAGCUCCAUCGAAUCACCAUAACAGCUCCAUCAAACACCAUAAGCGCCGCACCACCCGCUGCAAGACGACUUCUACCAGUAUAGGCAAGACUUCAAACCAGUAUAACCAGCCGAAUAUAACUCGUUCGUACGCAAAGAAACCAAAAGUCCGCCGCAAUCCCUAUUCCCCCGGGCCGAUCCGGUUCCUGGGACCUGUGUCACUGUGCCUGGGAGAGGGGCGCCCGAUUCGAUGCCUCAUCCAUCCGCCAUGGCCGACCAGGUCGCCACCAAGGACGACACGAUAGUCCGUAAGCGCAAGACUCAUCGCAAGUCUCGCCUGGGCUGCGGCAACUGCAAGAUUCGCGGUGUCAAGUGCGAUGAAUCCAAACCCACCUGUCGCCGCUGCCACGCAUCCGGCUUCACAUGCAACUACUCCCGCGCCGCCCCAACCCUCCAGCUCUCCCACUCCAGCGUCCUGAGAUUCGAUCUCUCGCCAUCACCAAACCAAGUACCCGUUGACGGUGUUUUCCCCACGGAUAGCAUCUUCUGGGAUGUCUCUCUCCAGCCUGCCCUGCGGAUUCCCAUAGUCUUGCCUCUGCAGGGCAGGCUGGGGGAAUACGCUCUACGACCACAAGACUAUGCUGCUCUACAUCGCUUUCAGACGAGGACGGCUGCGUCGUUGGGGACACUCAGUCAGAGGAAGUGGUAUCCCAAGAUUGUAUCUAACCUCGCAAAGGAACACCCCUUCCUCUUCCACUUCUUCCUCGCCCUCUCCCUCCUCCACGACGCCCACCUCUCCCAACCCCCCCUCCCCCAAGCCCACCACGCAUCCCUCGCCUUCCACUGGUACCACAGCACCGCCAUCCUCUCCCAUUUCCUCUCCCUCCCCUCCCCAGAAACGACCCUCUCCUCCUCCCACCGCGACGCCCUCUGGAUCUGCGCAUCCACCCUCGGCGCAGCCUCCUUCGCCUCCAUCCGCACUCAAGAUCCCUCCGCCGCGUGGCCCCUCGCCGACCCGAACCCGGCUGUCGACCUCGACUGGCUCAAGAUGGGACACGGGAAACGCGCAGUGUGGAACAUUACCGAUCCGAAUCGUCCUGAUAGCGUUUUUCACAACCUACUUAACCAGACGCCCAUGCAGAAUCCCAUCGAUCCCUCCGUCAUCGUACCAGAUUCGCUCCCUCCGCUCUUCUAUUCGGUCUUCGAGCUAUCGGCAACGUCCUCCCCAGAGACGAACCCGUAUCAUAGUGCUUGUGCCAUCAUCUCCGCCCUUUCGGUCGAACCGAUCAACGACGACACCGUCAUUCUCUUUCUUAGUUUCAUCACCCAAAUAGACCCCUCAUAUAGAAGCCUCAUCGAGGAGAAAGACCCUCGUGCGCUCCUCCUCCUCCUCUAUUGGCACUCCAUGGUCGUGCCAGAGAAACGAUGGUGGCUACGACGGCGUUGUAUUGUAGAAGGCAAGGCCAUUCUGAUGUAUCUCGAACGAUAUUGCGCAGAUGAUGGCGAUAUCAUGGAGCUGUUGCAAGUGCCAAAGAGAAGACUAGCCAAUUGGAAUUUCAUCAACACGGGCAUGGUAGAGAAGCGUUGAUAGAUAUGAUAAUCAUGAUGAUAUAUAAUAAACACGAGGGUCUACCAGAGACUCUCGGAAAUGACUAUCGAGUAAUAUACCAAUACUAUUUAA